AGAGGUAAAGUCACUGCACUUUUAAUAUCAUUUGUAUUACUAUAAAUUGUUCUGAAGAGCUGAGCCACCCUGGAGAGAGAGUAUUUUAUUUAAUGAAGGUUUGACUGCACACAAUACAUAACUUCCAUGGCGCACAGACAAGGAAAUCAUAUGAAGAAACUUCAAACAUGUAUUUUUUUACUAUUGGUCAUAGAAUUUGCAGUUGGACAUAGCAGUGUCAAAAACAAAGCGGAUUGUGCUAAAAAUGAAUUCUGGUAUGGAGAUGGGACCUGCUGUGACAAAUGUGAUCCAGGGUAUAAGUUAGUAAAGAAAUGCUCCAGUGGAGUGAAGUCUACAUGUGAGAAAUGUACAGAAGGGACCUACCAAGACAAGAUGAACUAUUUCCCAAACUGCUUCAGAUGCCAGAAAUGCAUCAAGCAUAGUAGACCUCAUGCAGUGGAGAUUUCAUCAUGUACGGCCCAAAGUAACACAGUUUGUGGAUGUCAGCAUGGGUACCGCAAGAGAUUUCUUGAUAGCUUUACAUGGGAUUGUGUCCCCUCUAAGAGGAUGAAACACUAACGUGCAUUUACAUUUAAGCACACUUUUAUCCAAAGUGAAAAUGACAGUAUUAACCAAUACAGUAUUAACCAAAAGUGAUGUCCAGAUUUGGACCCUUAAUAUGUCUUUGCUUAUUAAAAAUGCAUUAAUAUGUUUGCACAAUUGUUCAGUGUAAACUAAUAUUUUAAAGAGGUUUGGAGAAAAUCAAUACAUAUUAGCGCACCUUGUGAUUCAAUGCCCAGCAGAAAAAGUAGAAAAUAUCCCCACAAGAGAGGAUCAACAAAUGAUCAAAUUAUGUAUCCUUUACUGUGAGCAUUUUUGUCUAUUCAGAUAAAACCCACAUUCUCUUAUAUGCUGUAGUUUGACCUUUUUGGCAAAUAAAUUUGGCCAAUAUUCCAACAAUUUUUGUGUUUUGUAGCUAUAUCUAUACCUCAUAUUUUAAAUCUAUUGUACAAAUAUGUAUUGUAAAAGACAUUAUAGACCAAUUUCAAAUCUACGAUAUAUAAAAUCUACGUUUUAUAUUGUGCCCUUGUGUAAAGCUGCUAUGCAAUAGUGUAAACUGUGAAAAGUACUAUACAAAUAAACGUGAAUUGAAUUGAAAUAUAUUUAUUUUUAAGGUAGUUGUUCAUUUGUGUACAACAAAAUAUUUGCAGAAUUGUUUUAUAACAUCUGUAACAUUUAAAAAUGACUUAAUAAAAAUGAAAGAAAAUAUUUAAGUGUCUGCUUUUCCUGCAAUACCAAUGAACAUUAUGA